AUUUACAGGUAUAAAUUUGGGACGAGGUAUCUAUCAUCUUGUAAUUAGAGCAUGCAGUGAAGUGCAAUUAGUCAGUCAUGUAUCUCUCCGUUGGUUUCUUAUUCAUAGCCAUGCUGGCACGGGGUGCUCCAGAAAUCUUCCAGAAUAACCGGCCCGAGGAUCCAGUCCCAGUUGAGACAGUUACAACAUGCGGUGGUUACAUUGUGGCCUCCUCGGGAACAAUCAACUUCCAAGUGGGAGGUUCUAUUCGAGCUGACAUGCGCUGCAUUUGGACUUUGAAGGCUCCCGCUCAAAAUCAGCGAUUCGUCCUCGUCUCUUCCGGCCUUAAAGAGUCGGAUGGCUUGUAUUUGACCGAUUUCGGGUACGCAGCGGCAGGUCCGGGAGCUCAAACGAGGGUGACAACCGUUGGGCAGAAUUACACACUCCCUUCGAAAAACGUUUUUAUCACUUUAAACGUCGGCCACGCUCCCAGGAUGGGAUUCAGCCUCCAGUUUUUCUCCAGCGGUCCAGACAAUUAUCAAAUGUUGACCGGCCUCGCGGCUUUGACCGGAGUGAAGGGCAAUUACAGCUACCCUGUGGGUGGAGGGCAGUACAACAACAGUGUUAUCGACUGGUUCACACUCUGCCCCUCGACCCCGUCUCAACCCACGUUACGAUUUACCCGGGUGGAUGUCGAGUAUAAUGCGGACUGUAACUUUGACAGCGUCCGAACCUACACCUGGUUUAACAAUCAGUUCAGCGAAGUUGCGAGGUUUUGUGGAACAACUAUUCCACCAAGUCUUACAUUACCCGAAGGUCUUGGCUUGAUUAGAUUUAAUUCUGAUAGCACCGACACCAGGACGGGAUUCGACUUUGAGUGGGAAUAAAUAUCAACGAAACUGAAAACUUGCAUACUUAGUCAUACAAUUAAUGUUAUUAUUCCAUAUUGUAAUUAAAACAAAUACAUUAUGUAUUUCCCAGUAGAACACAACGUAUUCGGCUAACCCUUACAUACAAUACAACAUUUUCCUAAUAUAACUAACAAUUAUAUAAUAAAUUUGAAACUUAUUUAAAAAAUAGUAGCAUAUUUCAAAAAUAUAUUUCUUCCCAUAAAGUAUGCUAAAUAUAAUUUGUAAUUUUACUCUUGAACUUGAUACAACUUACGGCAUCACAAAUAUAAUAAUAACCAAGA